AUGAAAGUGGCUGAGGCCUCCAAAGAGGAGGAGAAAGAGGACAAAGAUGGCAAAGAAGCACAAGCGCCUCAUCAAAUCAUCCAAAAGAAGCUGGCAGUUGCUUUAGCAGUGAUGGAACCGGACAAAGUGAGUGGAUCCAUUUCCAGCAUCUACAUUGGGUGGAUUGGUGUGAUUGGAGUACUGAGACUGCAGUUCGCUCGGACUAUAACGCUGGGUGAGGUGAUCGGUGCCAAAGUGUACAAGCCAGUUAGCAAAGCAGAGCCCCUGAUAGAGUCCAUGGUCGCAGAGGAGUAUCAGAAGUGGGUCCCGACGAUAACGCGAUGGAUGUGCAAGUUCAUCGCUAUCAGCCUUGCUUGGUGGAUUCAGAGGGUCAUCUCCGCGGUUCACUCCGCGAUCCGCGGCGGAACCAUCUUUGCGGAGUACCUGGUGGAUUUCCUGCACGAGAAGGGCUAUCUUCAAGUCGAACACAAAGAGACCUACAUCGAUGAGGCGAUUGGCUGGUCGAUUGCUGUGUUGGGCUUCCUGACACAGCUCGCUUUAGGGUUUCAGCUCCCCUUCCUGCUAAACCUGAUCUUGCUUCCUGUUCAGAUCCUGGAAGGCUUUAUCGUUUGGAGCGUCGGCGCUUGA